GGGAUUAAAUGGAAGAAGUAUGAAUGGGGGUGGAAAGAAUUGUGAUGGGGAUGAUGAAAAAGAUGGACGGAUCGGAAAGACGAGUAGGUCACAGGUGAUAAUGGGGAUGGCACACACUUUGCUGCUUUUGCUGCGGAUGAUGAAUGAUGAUCCUGAGUUUGGGUCGGGACCACCUGACGGCCUCGGUAGCGGUCGGCCACUAUUUUUUUUUCCCUUUUUUUCUUUUUUUUUUUUUUUCUUUUCCCUUUUUUAAAGGCUUUUGGGGUUGGCGGCGCGCAACAAUGGAAAACCAAAACCAGCACACGCGACCGAAAAGGGACGAACACCAAAAGAGCUGAAACUGCUGUAAAUGAUUUAAGGUACCCAACCCUUGCCUGAUCA